AUGGCCCAAGCCAGCCUGGUGCAAGCUGUCGAGGCUGUGUCCGGGGUGGAUGCUGAACCAGACUUGGUCCACGUGGAAGCCCAGGACCUCAGUGGAGGUUUUCGGUAUGUCACCUGCCAGAUCCACAAUUGCUCCGAUAAGACACUAACAGCCCCGUUCGCAGGCCCCAUUGACCACGGCUCUCUGACCGUGCAGGACGAUUACAUCUUCUUUAAGGCAACCUCAACAAACCGGACCAAGUACUAUGUUUCUUAUCGUCGUGGUGAAUUUGUCCUGAUGAAGCUGCCGAAGUAUGCACUGCCAAAGGACCUGCAGAUCAUCAGCACGGAUGAGAACCAGGUGUUUGUGGCAGUGCAGGAGUGGUACCAGGCAGACACCUACAACCUGUACCAGUCCGACCCGCGCGGGGAGCGCUACACGCUGGUGCUGGAGAACGUGCGCAGCUCGCGGCAGGCCGAGGAGACCGUGGUCAUCGAUGUCCUCGAGGUCAGAGGGGUGAAAGGGGUCUUCCUGGCAAACCAAAAAAUUGAUGGGAAGGUGAUGACACUUAUAACCUACAACAAGGGCCGCGACUGGGAUUAUCUGAGGCCACCCAACAUGGACAUGAAUGGAAAACCGACCAACUGCAAGCCUCCGGACUGCCACCUGCAUCUGCACCUGCGCUGGGCAGACAACCCCUAUGUCUCUGGCACCGUGCAUACCAAGGACACUGCCCCUGGCCUCAUCAUGGGUGCAGGUAACCUGGGCUCCCAGCUGGUGGAGUACAAAGAAGAAAUGUACAUCACGUCGGACUGCGGGCGCACCUGGCGGCAGGUGUUCGAGGAGGAGCACCACAUCCUCUACCUGGACCACGGCGGCGUGAUUGUGGCCAUCAAGGACACCUCCAUCCCCCUGAAGAUCCUCAAGUUCAGCGUGGAUGAGGGCCUCACCUGGAGCACGCACAACUUCACCAGCACCUCGGUGUUUGUGGACGGGCUGCUGAGUGAGCCAGGGGACGAGACGCUGGUCAUGACGAUCUUCGGACACAUCAGCUUCCGCUCCGACUGGGAGCUCGUCAAGGUGGACUUCCGGCCCCCGUUCUCCAGGCAGUGUGGCGAGGAAGACUACAGCUCCUGGGACCUCACCGACCUUCAGGGUGACCGCUGCAUCAUGGGCCAGCAAAGAAGUUUCCGGAAGAGAAAGCCCACGUCCUGGUGCGUCAACGGGAGGAGCUUCACGUCGGCGCUCGUGUCGCACGUGUGCGAGUGCCGGGACUCGGACUUCCUCUGUGACUAUGGAUUUGAGCGCUCCCCCUCCUCAGAGUCCGACACCAGCAAGUGCUCUGCCAACUUCUGGUUUAACCCACUGUCCCCUCCAGAUGACUGUGCCCUGGGCCAGACCUACACCAGCAGCCUGGGGUACCGGAAGGUGGUGUCCAGUGUGUGCAAGGGUGGCGUGGACCUGCAGCAGAGCCCGGUGCAGCUCCAGUGCCCCCUCACGCCACCCCGGGGCCUGCAGGUCAGCAUCCGUGGCCAAGCGGUGGCUGUGCGGCCCGGAGAGGACGUCCUGUUCAUGGUGCAGCAGGAGCAGGGUGAUUUCCUGACCACAAAGUACCAAGUGGACCUUGGGGAUGGUUUCAAGGCCAUGUAUGUGAACCUCACGCUGACCGGGGAGCCCAUCCGGCACCGCUACAAGAGCCCCGGCGUCUACCGCGUGUCUGUCAGGGCAGAGAACAUGGCAGGACAUGAUGAAGCAGUGCUCUUUGUCCAGGUCAACUCUCCUCUGCAGGCCCUCUACCUGGAGGUGGUUCCUGUCAUUGGCAUCAACCAGGAGGUGAACCUCACAGCUGUGCUAUUGCCCUUGAACCCCAACCUCACUGUUUUCUACUGGUGGAUUGGCCACAGCCUGCAGCCCCACCUCUCCCUGGAUAACUCUGUGACAACACAGUUUGAGGAUGCAGGGGACGUGCGUGUGACGGUGCAGGCCGCUUGCGGGAACUCGGUGCUGCAGGACUCCAGAGUCAUCCGCGUGCUGGACCAGUUCCAGCUCGUGCCUCUGCAGUUUUCCAAAGACCUGGAUGCUUACAACCCCAACACCCCCGAGUGGAGGGAGGACGUCGGCCUGGUGGUCACCCGGCUCCUCUCCAAGGAGACCAGCGUCCCUGAGGAGCUGCUGGUGACUGUGGUGAAGCCGGGGCUGCCCACCCUGGCUGACCUGUAUGUGCUCCUGCCCCCUUCCAGGCCCACGAGGAAGAGGAGCCUCACAAGUGACAAGAGACUCACGGCCAUCCAGCAGGUGCUGAAUUCACAGAAGAUCAGCUUCCUCUUGCGAGGCGGGGUCCGGGUCCUGGUGGCCCUGAGGGACGCAGAUGCAGGUUCUCAGAGGCUGGGAGCAGCAGGCGGCUACUGGGCGGUGGCGGUCCUCUUUGUCAUUGGCCUCUUUGCGGUGGGAGUGUUCAUCCUCUACAAGUUCAAAAGGAAACGCCCCGGCAGGACUGUGUACGCCCAGAUGCACAACGAGAAGGAGCAGGAGAUGACGAGCCCUGUGAGCCACAGCGACGACGUCCAGAGUGUCAUCCAAGCAGCCCUCUGGACGGGCACGUCCCCGCCCAAGGGCACGGCUAGUGGGGGUGGAGCUGGAAUUCACAUCCAGGCAGACCCCCGAGCCCAGCUUUCCCUCGCCAUCCCUGCUGUCCUGAGGCGCGAGACCCCCAUCCCCGCACCGCACCCGCACGGCCCCGCCUCUGCGCCUCUGUCCCUGCGCGGGCGCGCGCUCACGGGCGGCGUCUCCUGUCUCCUAGGCAACCACUCGGGCGUGGUCCUGAGCAUCAACGCCCGGGAGAUGCACAGCUACCUGCCAGGUGUGGGCUCUGCAAGGGGCCCUGGCAGGGCCGGCGGCUGGGGACAGCCUCUGGACGCACCAGGUUUUCUGCGCUUCCUUAUAGCUUGA